GGUUCACGAUCACGCAAACGCGAAUAGACCCGGGCUUGACAGUCGGUUCGGGACAAAAACAGGUUUACGACUAAUUCUAAAUCUAUAUUGACAUGGACGAAGGCAGGACAAUCGAGUCGGAGCAUCUGCUGACAUCCGUGAUGCAACUCAGAGAGGUGUUUGACGUCUGUGACACGGACUCGGACGGUUUUAUUGUCCCUGAACACCUGAUGCAGCUCGGCUCUCAGUUUGGGAAAGAGGAACAGGUGAAGAGUUUGGCCAAAUGUUUGGAACCCAUCGCUCAUCGAAGAAUCAACUUCAAUGACUUCUGCUGUGGUGUCCUCACGAUGCAAGGUUAUGUUGGGAUGCCUGAAAAGGAAAGUGAGGCACAGAUCAUUAUUAUUAAAUGGCUGCAUGAAAUGUCUAAGAGUUGCCACCAGGGUGUUAAGAAGGAGCGGGUUUGUCCGGUCAUCAUGUGCACGCGAGCCUAUCCUGACCUCGUCCCUGAGUACCAGCUGUUCCCGGGAGAGGUGGAGGCGCCUGAGGAAGAGGUGGCAGACGAGGGCAGGGAGAGGGAAUCAGACAGAGACAGUGCUGUGGAAAGUACCCAAGGUUCAGACUCCUCAGAUGGUCUGAGCAGACCAGGGGACAAAGACGACGCACUGGGGGAUCUUUUUCUCCCGGGGGAUAAGUGUGGUCAGACUACCAUCUCGGUCACCUCUGACCUGUCAACGCGUUCCUCAGCUUCUCUGAACGAGGAGCAGUUUGAGGACUACGGAGAGGGAGAAGAACCAGACUACACUCUCAGCAGCCCCUGUCCAGACGACGAGACUCGUACCAACGGAUACUCUGACCUCGGUUCAUCGGUUCCCUCUAGUGCGGGCCAGACUCCUCGUAAGGUGCGGCACCAUUACACUGGUGAAAUGAUGGAUGUCUAUUGCUCUCAGUGCAGCAAAAAGGUCAACCUCCUAAAUGACCUGGAGGCUCGCCUCAAAAACCUCAAGACUAACAGCCCAAACAGGAAAAUGUCCAGCACUGCUUUUGGAAGGCAGCUGCUUCACAACAGCAAUCUCAGCAGCAGUAAUGGCAGCACAGAAGACCUUUUCAGAGACAGCAUCGACUCCUGUGAUAUCGACAUCAACGAGAAGGUGACUUUUCUGGAGAAGAAGGUGUUAGAGCUGGAGAAUGAGAUUCUGAUAAAUGGCGAUAUCAAGUCCAAGCUGAAGCAGGAGAACACACAGCUUGUGCACAGGGUUAAUGAGCUGGAGGAGCAGCUGAAAGACCAGGAGACACGAGCAGAGCAAAACAUGCAGGAGAAGCUGAGACGACAUCGAGAGAGCUACGGCAAGAUGGAGAGAGACAUGAAUACACAGACAGAGCUGCUGAACAACCGAGUUAAGCAGUUGGAGGAGGAGAACAGUGAAAUGGCUCUUAACAUGGGCCGACUCAAGUCACAGACGGAGAAACUGGAUGAAGAAAAACAAAGAAUGACGGACAAGUUGGAGGACACAAGUCUGCGCCUGAGGGAUGAGAUGGAUCUCUACAGGAAAAUGAUGGACAAACUGAAACAGAACAGACUCCAGUUCCAGAAAGAGAAGGAAGCCAUGCAGGAGCUGAUAGAGGACCUGCGUCGAGAACUGGAGCAUUUGCAAAUGUACAAGCUGGAGGCUGAACGGCCUGGCCGCGGCAGAACCUCCUCCACUAGCAUGGCGGACUUUAACAGCAGGACCAGGGAGAUGGAGCUGGAACACGAGGUCAAGAGACUCAAGCAGCGAUUUGCGCCGCAGGCCUUUCUUCCCUCUGAAUUCCAGCACCUGAUGUUGUCUCGGGCUUGGCUUCAUCCUGGCCUGAUGGAGAACCAGAAACUGAGGGAGCAAAAUGAUGAGCUCAACGGUCAGAUCCUCAGUCUCAGCUUAUAUGAAGCGAAGAACCUGUUUGCCACACAGACCAAGGCCCAGUCUCUGGCCGCAGAGAUAGAAAAUGCCUCUAGAGACCAGAUAAUGGAAGCCCUGAAGGAGCAGGAGGAAAUCAACCUCCGCCUGCGACAGUACAUGGACAAAAUCAUUCUCUCCAUCUUGGACCACAACCCUUCCAUCCUGGAGAUAAAAAAGUAGCGAUGACCCAACUGGAAUGAGAAUCGUUCUCCGUCCCAGGAGGACGAGGCUCACUCCAGUUGUUGGAACAUUAUAGCAGAGAGAAGCCGAUGGUCUGACACCCGGGAUACGUAUGUAGCCAUCCAUCGCCCCCUGCUGUUUGUGGACGGGAAAUAACUUCACCACUUCAUUUAAGAGCCAGUGCCUGUGCUGACAGACUAUAGAUGACACUACUGUGACUCUUUAGUGUGAUCUAUCCUGCUUCUAUUGUCUCUCUAUGUCCUCUGGACUGUGACCUCUUCCACAGCUUUGAUCUCACUGGACAAACCUGGAAUAUCUUUGAGGAUCGACUUGGUGGUUCAAUGUAGUACACUGGAUAUAAUCUAACUGGAAUAAUUUAAGUUGAUGUAGGUUCUACUGUUUUCUGGUGUAAUAUUAGCUGUCUUAUGUGCGGACAGGCCACUCAGUACGAUGUAGAGAGACACAUUUAAGGAAGUAGAGUGAGACAGUUCUGUGAAUGCAUGUUGUGUUCUUGGACAAGCAAGUGUUAAAGGAAGACUGAGGAUGGAGUCGGAAGUGGUUUGAGAAAGAAGAAUUGAAGAAUAAAUUGAUUAUAAGUUGAAAACAAUAAAUUAAGUAAAAAAGAUGUGGGAAGUCAGGUGGUGCUUGUAAAGGAGGUUUUUAGUGAAGUCAGCGAGGGUUAACUGAAGGAUAAGUUUACUGUUUUUGUUUCUUUUCUUUAAACUGUGUCUUCCUGAAACUUUGAAAUAGCACUUGCAGACUCAAUCAGUCCCAAUUCACCGAGAAGUGGCCCUUAGGUUGGUUCAGAUAGUGUCACGUUGUGGCACAGAUGCUGCAAUCAAGGAUCAUCUUUCAAACUGUACUUGGCUGAUGUUUGCCAGCAAUGUAUGAGAUGGGAAGGAUUCUCUGUUGCUGGCAAUAGGCCCAACAAUGUUGCACAGAAAUGUAAUGAAGUGAAUGUACAGGGUGUUUAGUGGCUUUAUAUUGGAGUGUCUGGUAGCCUUGGCAACUUGGAUUACAGAAGGUACCUAUGUUUAGUGAAAUCAAACCUACAGGUUGUAGAUUGUAGCACUGAAUGCCCAAAUGUCUCUCUGAAACGGUCUUUUACUGUAAAUAUCAUGAAUGUACAAUUUGGAUAUGUCACUUUCUGUGUGGCCAAAAAGGCCUGUUUGAAUUUAAAAUUUAAAUCUGUAACUGGGUAACACAUGUGUGCAGUAUUCUGUACUGUAAUGAAGAGGUCAUUAUUUUUGGGAGGGCAAAGAAUUUCAAUCUGCUGUGUUAUGUAAAAUAAUUUUAAACUUGAGUUUUGCUUCCUUGCACAAAAACAAACAUUUGUUUCCUUUUGCAUGGUUCUGCCUGUGCCUUUUUUGAGGAUGGUGUUGCCGUAGAUUUACACAGUUUUUGAAAAUACUUUCACCGUCAAUGUCGGACUUAACUAUUUUCUUGAAUUGUAAAUGUUGUAAUUAUAUAGUGAUAAUUUGUAUUCACGUGCCACUCACCACUCUUUUUCAGAUUGAUACGAUGAGAUUUUAUACCAUUUUAUCAAGUUGUGAGCAGCUUGCGAUCGCUACAAGGUGUCCUGGUGGAAAAGCAGCAUAGCUCAUUGCUUUGCAUGGUACACAAGCCAGGAUAGCAUUUUGGGAAUAUUUUGUCAAUGUAAUAUUUUUUUAAAUGCAGUGGGGGACAUUUUUGUUUAAUUUCUCAGUUUGUCAGUCACGGUGAGUCCAUUUCUUUUCAAUUUGCUUCAAAUUGGGUUGUUAUGUGAUUGUAAAUUGUCUUCCUAACCUGAACUAAAUGGUGAGUAAUAUGAGCAAUAUUAACUUAUUUUCCUGCUUAGUACCUGCUUGUUUGUGUUUUGAUUUGUUUCACAAAUCUUUUCACUCUAUAGCUGCUUGUGCCAACCUAGAUUUUAAAAAGUACAUUGGUUGAAAUUUCAUAUUAGGGCUAUCCAAUGCAAUGCAGUCACUAUAACUGGCAAUAAAAUGGUUUCGGCAGUGA